AUGACCAUCCAAUCCCGAAUCAUGAUCUGUUCCCUCGUUCCAUACUUCCUGCUCGGAGUGAACGCAUACUCCAGAGCCCAUUAUACCGGUGGCUGCACAGGAGCCGAACAAUGUCAGUUCACUACCACAGCCUGCACCGAGUGCUCUCCGGACUUUCAAUACAUCAAUGCCUUAGGGGUCGAAACUUCAGCAUACAACGUAUACACGUUCGGACAUCUACCUCAAUUUUCGAAUUGUCCUCAGGCUCAAGCCCAAGCCACCAUUUAUACGGGAUGCAAGGCAUGCGACGACUGUGAAUACUCAAAUGCCAUUACCUAUAUAGACCACGACCGAGUUUUGGAGAUCCUCUCGUCGACCGCUCCGCUUCGCACUGAAGAUGACAAAAUGGCGUUCUAUACAGAUGACGGAUGGUAUCUUCUACUAGAAACUCCUGAAAAUACCCAACGUUUAUUGGAGAGUGGCGAACUGGAGAUCAGAUCGGUAGCGAAUGCACUCAGCCCAGUGCAAGGCCAUCGGUAG